AUGCUUGUCGUUUUGAACAUCUUACAGAAGAAGUUAAUGUGGAUUAUGCUUCAUUGCCAAGAUCCAAUGAAUGUUAAGCUUAAACUGCCCGAAUUAUUAGGAAAUUCAAUUGAAGAUCAUUUCUAUCAACUAGGAGAGAAAAUGAGUUCAAAAUAUAAAAAUUUAAUUCUUAAUCUUAUCAAAGGAAUUCCUAAAAUUCCUGAUGAGUGGAAGUGUCAAGUUGGAUGGACGAGGUAUCAUAAUGGAACAUUUGAAAAGGUUGAUUUUCCGUCUGAAGAUGCAAUUGUUUUUGAUGUUGAAGUCUGUUGUCAAUCCGGAGCUGCUCCUACUAUUGCUACAGCAGUUAGUACUGAAGCAUGGUAUGGCUGGGUUAGUGAUGAUUUAGUUGCUGGAGAAAAUAAACUUAACCGACAUUCUUACUCUAUAGAUAACUUAAUACCUCUUGAGUCAUCGAAGAAAACUAAAGCAUUUAAUUUGUCAUCAUUUGUUAGGAAAGAAAAAAUUGCUGUAGGCCAUAAUGUGUCUUUUGAUCGUUCAAAAGUUAAAGAACAAUAUUGGAUUGAACAAAGUGGUAUGCGGUUUCUCGAUACUUUAUCUAUGCACGUAUGUGUUAGUGGAGUGACAAGUUAUCAGAAAGCUUUAUUAAAAGCUGGUGUUGGAGAUGAAGAGUGGAGUAAAGCUAAGCGGGUGAUUGAGAUAAAUAGGAUGUUAUCAUAUUGGAGGAAUAGUAGAGAAAGAGUGGAAAAUCAGUUUGUUUGUUGGGUAAAAAAGAAUGAUAUACCUCCAAGAUUAAAUAUUGAGGAUGAUUUCGGUGCAAUUAUACCUCAGGUUGUUGUUUGUGGGACUCUAACUCGCAGAGCAGUAGAACCAACUUGGAUGACAGCUUCUAAUGUUUUCCAUGAAAGAGUGGGUUCAGAAUUGAGAGCAUUUGUUCAAGCACCUCCUGGUUUUGUGCUGGUUGGUGCUGAUGUUGAUUCUCAAGAACUGUGGAUUGCUUCCUUAUUAGGUGAUGCUUAUGCUGUUGGUUUACAUGGUGCUACACCAUUGGGUUGGAUGACACUCAAUGGUCAAAAGUCUGAUGAAACAGACAUGCACAGUGUUACUGCUAAAGCAGUUGGUAUAUCUCGAAAUAAUGCUAAAAUUUUAAAUUAUGCUAGAAUUUAUGGAGCUGGUGAAAAAUUUGCACAGCGUUUGUUGAAGCAAUUUAAUGAAGAUAUCACUUCUGGUCAAGCAAUUGAAAAAGCUGAAAAAAUGAUGCAAUUAACAAAGGGAAAAAGAAUUUUCAAAUUAAAAGAAGAAGUAAUGCCUUACAUUGAAGAAAGAGUUUACUCUGCUGAAGAUGCUCAAGAAUUCUGUAAACUUAAUGGUAAAGAAAUAGAAGAUUUAUUUGAAAAAUCUCUGUGGUUUGGAGGAACUGAGUCUUCCAUGUUUAAUUCUUUAGAAAUGAUAGCGAGUAAACCUUCCCCAGAAACUCCUUUUCUGAAUUGUAAGUUGAGCCGUGCAUUAUCUCCUCAAUUAGAUCAUAAUGAUAAACAUUUACCUACUAGGAUUAAUUGGGUUGUGCAAAGUGGAGCUGUUGAUUUUCUUCAUUUGAUGUUAGUUAGCAUGCGAUGGUUUCUUGGUCCUUUACCUAGGUUUUGUUUAAGCUUUCAUGAUGAAGUGAGGUAUUUAGUUCCUGCUGAGUUUAAGUAUGAAGCUGCACUAGCUUUACAUGUUACCAAUUUAUUAACCCGAGCAUUCUGUGUUUCUCGUGUUGGUAUGGUUGAUUUACCAUUGUCUGUGGCUUUUUUUAGUUCUGUUGAAAUUGAUACUGUUUUAAGAAAAGAUUCCAAGAAUGACAAUAAAACUCCAUCCAAUCCAUUUGGUUUAAUGAAAGGUUAUGGUAUACCAUUAGGAGAAUCUCUAGAUAUUUACCAAUCUAUUGAAAAGGCAAAUGGUAAAAUUGGUUUAAUAAAUACUCAGUGA